AUGCCAGGAAAGUUCCCCGGAUGUUCGGAUACCUCAUGGCCAGAAGUGUUCACAUUACCAGCCAGACCAUCUCCAUCUACGAUAAAGAAACCAGGCCAACUCCCGGACGAAGUCAUUCGGAAGUUUUUUGAAGAUGGGUUUGUCAUAGUGGAGAAUUUCUUCACGGCAGAGGAACUCGAACCUUGUAAAACAGCCAUCAUGGAUGUUGUGGAUGAUGUAGCUAAUAUGUUAUUCAGAAAGGGGAAAAUCAAAGAUUUAUACAGUGGUUUAGGAUUUCAUGAACGACUUGUGAAAAUGAACGAAGAUUUCCCGGGAGCUAACAUCUUGGUCAUAAAAACAGGACGUGUACCGAAGGCAUUACGACAGCUAUGGUCCAAUGAAAGACUGUUGAAUGUUAUCGAACAACUAAUUGGCCCCAAUAUUGCUGGUAGUCCUGUCUGGAACCUUCGGGCAAAGAUUCCUCAUGACGAAGAGACAACAGUUCCGUGGCAUCAGGACAGUGCAUACAUGGACAAAGACUCGUACAACAUACUCAUUCCUACGGCAUGGAUACCAUUCCUCGACACAAAUAUGGAAAAUGGCUGCAUGGAAUUUAUCAAGGGAGGUCACCGACUGGGUAAAGUAGCUACCCACCAGUGUUGCCAUGGUGGCACGUGGUACACUAUCCUAGAGGAAGAGGAAAUGACGAGAACAUUAGGCGUGGAUGUAUCGAAAGAUCGCCAGGUGUGCCCGGUACCUUUUGGAGGAAUGAUUUUGUUCUCGAAUAUGAUUCCACAUCGGAGCCUCCCUAAUAUGACGUCACAGAUCAGGUGGACCGUGGAUUUGAGGUGGCAGCGUCUCGAAACUCCAAGUGGCCUCUGGGGACUUAAGGAGAAGGUUCCUAUGCGAUCCGCGGAUAACCCGAACCUAGAGAUAGACUGGGAGACGUUUGACUCAGUCGACAGAAAUGCGAAGCAGACUGCUUCAGUAACUGGAUAUACAAAGGAAGCUGACGAUCCGGAUCUAGAUACAACUAUAACAGGACCGUGGAUGAAACAGUGGGAAAUCGUCCACAUGAAUAAACAUGUCAAAGUGUAG